CAUCAACCACUCGCCGCAAGCAUCAGCAGCAGCAUCCACCCAUGGCGUCCUCCACCGCUGCUGCUCUCCGCGUCGCCUUCCCUCCGCUCUCCGCCCCCGCCGCCGCGGCCUCCUCCUUCUCCUCCUCCACCACCCUCCGCUUCCCUCUCCACCGCGCCCCACGCCCCCUCGCCGUCGCCGCCUUUAAGAAGCUGUCCGAGGCGUCCCCCUUGCCCAUCCCCCCGGAGCCCACCCAGCCCCUGGUCGAGGAGGACGCCCUGCCCCCCAAGCCCGGGGUCUACGGAGUCUACGACGCCUCCGGGGAACUGCAGUUCGUCGGGAUUUCGCGCAACGUCAGGGCCAGCCUCGAGGGCCACCGCCGGAAGGUCCCCGCCGACCUCUGCGCCUCCGUCAAGGUUGCAGUAGCAGAUGAGGAGAUACCAGAUCGAACGGUCCUUACUAAUGCCUGGAAAUCAUGGAUGGAAGAACAUAUAGAAUCCACAGGCAAGGCGCCACCAGGGAAUGUUGCGGGAAACUACACUUGGGUAAGUGCCCCGCAGAGGCCUCCGGACUUGCGGUUGACACCUGGUCGCCAUGUUCAGCUGGCUGUCCCACUAGAACAGCUGAUAGAUCGUCUGGUGAAGGAGAACAAAGUAGUAGCCUUCAUCAAAGGAUCAAGGAGUGCUCCCCAGUGUGGAUUCUCUCAAAGGGUGGUAGGUAUCUUGGAAGCACAUGGAGUGGAUUUCGUAACUGUUGAUGUGCUUGAUGAGGAACACAACCAUGGGUUAAGAGAUACCCUGAAGACGUACAGCAACUGGCCGACGUUUCCUCAGGUUUUUGUUGGAGGGGAGCUUGUGGGAGGCUGCGAUAUUGUUUCAUCCAUGGCUGAAAAAGGGGAGCUUUCUGCCCUGUUUCAGAAAUAGUGCUGGAAGUUCUAGUAUGCUCGUUGACCAUUUUUACUGUUGUACCUGAGAACUUUAAGCUUCUCUUUUUCCACAUUGCUGUAAUCCUCUUAAGUCGUUGUAGCACAAAAUUACUUGGCCUAAGAAAAUGUUCAUUUGGAUUUUCAUGAGGCUGUACCGCUGCAGUCCUACUGAUGUGAUAAUACCAGGAUAUUUCUGUGGGAGGCUUAGAGUUUGAGGUUAUCUGUAUAUUUGUCAUUGCUUCAGAUCCUGUACGACAUGAAGAAUUUGUAGCUUCAUGUAAUCAUGUUAAAAGAAUAUGUUUCCUA